UGUUGGUGGCGAAGGACCGCCAUUGCUGUCUUCUGUCCUUUGUAGAAAAGGACUGACCAACAGAAAAUUGUCAACAAAUUCGACUCUUCGGGAUAGGCACUUCGCUGCUCGACCGAACCAUUACAGGGUCAGUCUUUUUCUGGGCAGUUUUCAUUCAUGGGUUCUUCCUUCCUUAGUGCUUUCGUCAUUCUCCAUGUGAGUUCUAGAACUGAAAUCCAGUUCAAUUUCUGGCGGAGGUAGAAGAGGAAAGCCGAAACUGAUGGCUGUUGCUGUUGCUGAUGGUUUAGCUUCUCUAAUCCACUUGGCCUUUCCUUUUUCUCCUUCUUGUCAUUCACUUCGGCGGAAUAAUAUUUGUUCGUUUCCUUCUUUUAGUUCUAGAGGUUGGGCUUCGGUGCACUUUUGCUCUAGGUUUUCUACCAGGAUAUGCAAAGAGAAAGGUCUGAGCUUUCUUGGUCAUCUGGGGAGGCAUGGAACUGGGGAAUUCAGGGUGUUUGGGUCAGUUGAAAUUGGCCAGUUCUUGACGAGUGACGACGAAGAUGAAAUGAGUGAGGGAUUUUUUGAGGCGAUUGAGGAAUUGGAACGGAUGGUUAGAGAGCCAGCCGAUGUUCUUGAGGAGAUGAAUCACCGGCUUUCCCCCCGGGAGUUGCAGUUGGUCCUCGUGUACUUCUCUCAAGAGGGGAGGGAUUCGUGGUGUGCACUGGAGGUGUUUGAGUGGCUUCAAAAGGAAAACCGUGUCGACAAGGAGACCAUGGAGCUCAUGGUCUCGCUCAUGUGUGGUUGGGUCAAGAAGUUAAUCGAAGGUGAGCAUGAUGUUGGAGAUGUAGUUGAUCUUCUUGUGGACAUGGACUGCGUUGGGUUGAAACCGAGUUUUAGUAUGAUUGAGAAAGUCAUUUCUUUGUAUUGGGAGAUGGGCAAGAAGCAGAGAGCAGUUUUGUUUGUCAAAGAGGUUCUGAGACGGGGAAUCGCUUAUACCGCGGAGGAAGGGGACGGUGAGAAAGGAGGCCCAACUGGGUACCUUGCUUGGAGGAUGAUGGUGGAAGGAGACUACUGUGGUGCAAUUAAAUUGGUGAUUGACUUCAGAGAGAGUGGAUUGAAGCCAGAGAUCUACAGCUACCUAAUUGCAAUGACAGCGGUGGUUAAAGAGCUUAAUGAGUUCUCAAAAGCUGUACGGAAGUUAAAAGGUUUUGUAAAGACUGGUCUAAUAGCUGAAAUUGAUGUAGAAAAUGUCGAACUUAUUGAAAAGUAUCAGUCAGAUAUUCUAGGAGAGGGUCUCUGCUUGUCCAACUGGGUGAUUCAAGAGGGAAGCUCUUCAUUUUCUGGGGCGGUUCAUGAGAAGCUCCUUGCGAUGUACAUUUGUGCUGGCCGAGGACUUGAAGCUGAAAAGCAGUUGUGGGAAAUGAAGCUUGUGGGGAAGGAAGCUGACCGAGUGUUUUAUGACAUUGUCUUAGCUAUCUGUGCUUCCCAAAAGGAGGUUAGUGCUGUAGCACGGUUGCUGACCGGACUGGAGGUUACAAGCUCAUUGCGUUGGAAGAAAACCUUAUCAUGGUUGUUGAGAGGUUACAUCAAAGGCGGGCAUUUUGAGGAUGCUUCUGAAACAAUAAUAAAGAUGCUUGAUUUGGGCUUCUAUCCUGAACGGUUGGACAGAGUAGCUGUACUGCAGGGUCAAAGGAAAAGGAUCCAGCAGUCAGGAAAGGUUGAACCUUAUCUCAAGCUUUGCAAGCACCUUUCUGAUGCAGAUUUGAUUGGUCCUUGUCUUGUAUAUCUGUACAUAAAUAGGUAUAAACUUUGGGUCAUAAAAAUGGUGUGAAGAAAUCUGAUGGAAAGCAAUGUAACCUGGGAAGUUAAAUGUCUUGUUGCUAGGAGGUCUGGAGCCUUUCUUCAGGCAGUUUCAAUUUUUAUAUAUGCAAGUCCUGUAUAAGAUGAGAGCAGUAAAUAUAUUUCCUCAGUUCUGAGAAAAGCAGCUUAUGAAUAAAUGUCAAGGAGGUUUUGGAUAUGUUGUUCUUGGUUUUGUGUACUUGUAUACUGGUUUACUUCUAUCAUAAUCAUGCUCUCCUCAAUACAACA